AUGGAAACGACUCCUUGGGCCCCAGGGGCCACACAAAAAACCUGCACCGGCUCCUCGCUGCAGCCCGAGACGCUCCUGACGCCUCUGGGGCCCGGGGAGGUCCCCAGCGAGCCCGACAGCGACGACACCGCUACAGGACCCCUGACCCGCCUCGGGCGGCUCGUUGCCCCUGGUCCGCGCGGCGCCGCCGCGCCCCGCCCGCGCCGUCACAGCUGCUUCCCGCCCAGCGCGCCGCCCAGCACCCCGGCGAGGCCGCCGUACACCACGAAGGCAGCCACGGGGGGCGACACACCCGGAUAA